CGCCAUCGUAGACUUUUAGUAUUUACAAUGGCUGACAAAAGUGAAGACCAAGGCGAUUUGCCUCAAGAUUUUGGGGAAAAAUCUUCAGGAAGUAAACUGAAUAGACCUGUUUCUGGUAAGUCGGGAGGUUCUACAGGUUCCAAAAAAUCGAUGUCCGAUGCUGUUAACCAGCUGACUGCGAAAGCUUUGCGAGAAUUUCGACUUGACGAUGAAGGGACAACUGUCUCUGAGUCAGCCGCUGGGGACACGGUUACACCAAAUUCAAACCUUGUAAAAGAUUCGGAGGAGCCAAUCGAGGGCCCCGAAGGCGAAACUUUGCUGGAGGACGAUGAAGACUACGAGAUGCAGGAUGAAAACGAGCUUCAAGAUGAAAAUGAUGUCGAAUUUGAUGAAAAUAUUGAUAUUAUAAAUGACGAUUUCUCGGGCGAGGAUGAUUCAGACGGCGACAAUGAUUUGGUUGUUUUGGACCCUGAUCAUCCUUUGAUGGUGAGAUUUCAAACUGCAUACAAGAAUCAUCUUCUGAAGCAGAAAGAAAAGUUGGAACUAGAGGAAAGAGAAGUGGUUGAAGAGUUGACCAGACGGAAGAAAGAUCGUGAGGAACUGGGUGUGAACCUCUACAACUCCCAGCAAGAGCUUGCCAGACUUCAGAUGUUGUUGGAGAAAGAACAUGACAAAUACAAUGAAAACCAUAACCUUAGAACAAAAGCAGAGGGCAAGUUGAACAGCAUCAAGGAAAUUCAUUCGAAGAAUACAAAUUUGCUGGUGGAACAGAGAAAAAAAGCGGAAGAACUUCGUUCUGAAGUGGAGAACUUGGCAUCACGUGUUCUUUACAUGAGAGAGGCGAAGGAAGACGUCAGAUCUGAUAUUGCCGUCAUGAGGAGAGCCGCUGAAAAAGCGCACGGCGAAGUAUCGCAGGCUGAACAACUUAAGAAAAAACAGGAUUUCUUGGUCGAUCGUCUGACUCAAAAGGUUGAUCGUCUUCACGAGGAGAUAACGAUGUAUGAAGCACAAACACUGGCACAGGAGGAGGAAACAAGAUCCGCGCAGAGGACUCUUGCUGAAGCUGUUACCGAAAUAGAGGCAAUAGAAUUGGAGAAGAAACAGUUGUAUCAGCAAUGGCAAAGUAGUUUGAUUGGAAUGAGCAGACGCGACGAAGCAUUUGCGGCCAUGCAACAAGCUCUUAACCUCCAGAAAGAACGCAUUAAGACAAUCGAGACGGAACUGGAUGGAUAUCGCAACUCCAUCUCGAAGGCCCAAGCGACAAACGAGCAGUUGACGUUGAUGCAGAACAGAAUCGAAGCUGAUAUAUCCAUGGUGAAAAAAUUGACCAGCGUGAGUUUGAACAAGCAAGAGAUACUCAAGACAGAAUACAGCAAAUACAGUCGAAUGCUGCACGAAACUGAACAGGCUUUGAAUAAAGCAAAGACGGAUAUAACGUUGCGGGAGAGCGAAUUAACGGCGUUGAGGAAACAGAUUGAACGAGAAUACGAGGAGAAAGUUCGUACUGAAGAGAGUAUCAUGGAAAAACUACGAAGUCAAAUGACUUUGGAUAAAGCUGCUCAAUACAGCAAGAAAGUUACAGACAAAAUAAAGAAACGAGGAACUGAACUGGAUAACCAACUGGCACAGGUCGAGAAUGAUAUAUCCAGAGAUCUGAUGGCCAUCAGCAACGUUCAGACGAGAUUGAGAAAUCUUGGGGAGAUCUUGGAGCAGUUGAACGAGGAAAUCAGAAAGAAAAAUGAAACUGCAGCAACGAUAGAGAAUGACAUUGUGAAGAAAAAUGCUGUGAUUGAGAGGAAACAGAAUAUGGUCGAUCAGUUUAAUAAAAAAAUUGAUGUCCUCAAGAAUAAAGAUGGAGGUCAACAACUGGGUCCGCUGGAACUGCAGAUCAGCACGUUGCAAAAACAAGUUGAGUCGUCUAACAACGAGAUUAUAGAACUGCAACAAUUCUGGUUGCGAAACCAGAGCGAAUUAGUGAAGACUGUUCAGCGUGUAGGACAACAAUCGGAGGAAAUCAAGUCUCUCAAGAAACAGAAUACGAUCCUUUUACACAAGAAACAAAGAACUGAAGGUGAUAUACAGCAUCAUUUAAGUGAGAUGAAAGAUAUUGAGCGAAAUAUUCGUAAUAUGCAAAAUGAAAUGACCAAGUUGAACACUCUCAUUACGAAUGAAAGAGGAUUGAAGAAUAAUUUGGAGCAAAGUAAUAUACUCAUGGAGGAUGAGUUUAUACGAACGCUCAAGGAAGCAGAACGCGAAUCGGUCGAACUGCAAAGCAACAUUGACGGUAUGAAAGAAGAAAAGGAACGGUUGUUGAACAGCUUAGUGGAAGCAGAGAGACAGAUCAUGCUUUGGGAGAAGAAGACUCAGUUAGCAAGAGAAGCGAGAGCAACAGUAGAUGACGAUUAUGGCCAUGGAGAGAUUAAGGCGAUGAAAGCUGAAAUACAUCGUAUGCAAGUGAGGCACUCUCAGCUCAUGAAACAGCAAGAGAAGAUGAUUCAGAAUAUGGAAAGAUCCGUUACGAAAAGAGAAUUCAUAAUCACAAGGGGCGAUGCUCAAACGAAGACGGGUAAAAGUACGAACACAAAAGGAGCUUACCAAAGAAAAGUGGCAGAACUUAAGAAGAAGAUCAAGCAGACAAACAAUGAUGCGAAUGAAUGCGAUAAAGACAUCCGCUCUCUUCAAGAAAACCAGAAGGAAGUCAGCACGCAGCUGGAAGAUAAACAGAGUAAAGUUUACCAGUUGCAAAGCACCGUGGACGAAGCUGACAUGAAUAUCGAUAGAUUGACGGACGAGAGACAAAGGAAUCUUGCUGAUAUUAUAGCAGCCCAGAAGAAAGUCAAGCAUCUGACCGCUGUGAAGGAAGGUCGAUAUUCAACGCUCUGCAAAACGUCGGAAACACUCGACAACGAAUUGCAAAAGCAAAAAGACCGUUUACAGUCGCUCAUGACGAUUGUUGAUCGUCUCAACCAGGAGUUUCCAUACGCACAGCCUGCGCUGAGAAAAAUAACAUUGUCCCUUGGUAGUCGAAGUCAAAGCGAGCCAUAGAAAGACAAUAUAGAUCAAUAUAUAUUCAUAAUAUCAUUCUGUUUGAUGCGUUAUUUAGCUAAGAACGUUUGUAUAUAGUUGUAAGAGUAGCAGAGAAAGGUAUGUGACCAAAAUUUUGUGUAUCACGUCAGUCUUGUAAAGGUACUAUUUAGUUACAUUUUCAGUUGGUUUUGAAUUAUAUGUUACAAAGAA